CAUAGCAAUCCGCGCAGGCACACCCACUUCCGGCGCAUGGAGUGGCGACUUCCGGUCUGUCUUUCCGCGGCGCCCGGGGGGUUCGAGUGGGGUCUGGGCUCGGUGAGCGGAGCCUACAGCGUGCAUGCGCGGGGGAAAGUCCCUUUUCCAGGAGCUCAGUUGGACACAUGUGACCCCGUGUCAGCUGCAGCCAUGACGUCCCUGGGCACCAGCAGCCAAUCAGUUACGGAGUAUGUGGUCCGUGUGCCCAAGACUACGACGAAGAAGUACAACAUCAUGGCCUUCAAUGCCGCCGACAAGGUCAACUUCGCCAGCUGGCAACAGGCCAAGAUGGAGCGAGACCUGAGCAACAAGAAGAUCUACCAGGAGGAGGAGUUGCCUGAGUCUGGGGCCGGGAGCGAGUUCAACCGGAAGCUGCGGGAGGAAGCACGGAGGAAGAAGUACGGCAUCAUCCUCAAGGAGUUCAAAGCCGAAGACCAGCCCUGGAUCCUCAAAGUCAAUGGCAAAGCUGGGCGCAAGUACAAGGGUGUGAAGAAAGGCGGUGUGACAGAGAAUGCCUCCUACUACAUCUUCACGCAGUGCCCAGAUGGCGCCUUCGAGGCCUUUCCCGUGCACCAUUGGUACAACUUCACCCCUGUGGCCAAGCACCGCACACUCACCGCAGAGGAGGCCGAGGAGGAGUGGGAGCGGCGGAACAAAGUCCUGAACCACUUCAGCAUCAUGCAGCAACGGCGCCUCAAGGACCAGGACGAGGAUGAGGAGGAGAAGGAGAAGAAAACCAAGAAGAAGGGCAGUGACCUGCGCAUCCACGACUUGGAGGAGGACCUGGAGAUGAGUUCGGACGAGAGCGAGCUCAGUGACCCUGACAGUGAGAAGGCAGCCAAGCUGAAGAAGAAGCCAGCACCCACCAAGAAGAAGAAGAAAAAGAAGGGCUCGGAUGACGAGGCCUUUGAAGACAGUGAUGAUGGCGACUUUGAGGGCCAAGAGGUCGACUACAUGUCUGAUGCCUCCAGCAGCUCACUGGAGGAAGAUGUGGGGAAGCCCAAGGUGACCAAGGAGGAGGACGUGCCCAAAGGCAUUGAUGAGGCGAGUGAGAGCAGUGAGGAGAGCGAGGAGGAAAAGGCACCAGAGGAGAAAGAGGAGGAGGAGGAGGAGAAGAAGGCACCCACCCCGCAGGAGAAGAAGAAAAAGAAAGACAGCAGCGACGAGUCAGAGACCUCGGAGGAGAGCGACAUUGACAGUGAGACAUCCUCUGCCCUCUUCAUGGCUAAGAAGAAAACGCCCCCCAAGAAGGAGCGCAAGGGCUCAGCUAGUAGCUCCCGUGGCAACAGCCGCCCAGGGACACCCACUGCAGAUGCUGGAAGCACCUCCUCCACUCUGCGGGCUGCUGCCAACAAGCUGGAGCAGGGCAAGCGGCAGGGGGGGCCCGGGGGCGCUCCCCGCACACAGCUGGAUGCGGGCGGCCCCCAGCCCACGUCGGGCAAGUCCACACCCCAGCCUCAGUCCGGCAAGUCUACGCCUAGUAGCGGUGAUGUGCAGCUGACGGAGGAUGCGGUGCGGCGCUACCUGACACGUAAGCCCAUGACCACCAAGGACCUGCUGAAGAAGUUCCAGACCAAGAAGACGGGACUAAGCAGUGAGCAGACGGUCAAUGUCCUAGCCCAGAUCCUCAAGCGCCUCAACCCUGAGCGCAAGAUGAUCAAUGACAAGAUGCACUUCUUCCUCAAGGAGUGACCACCGCCCCCCCGGUCCCUCCUGGCUUGUGCCCUCCUGGCCCUGCCACCUGUCUCCUAUCCCCUAGCUCAGGGCAGACAGUGCCGGGGGGGAGCAGGGAACUGGGCCUGGGCAUCCGUGUGCUCAUGCCGUCCUGCCCCUUGCAGCAUAGAGCAGAAAUGGCUCUAGGGCUACAGGGAGCCAAGCCAGGGGCUCUUUGCCCAUGUGCUCAGUCCCCCCUGCACCCCCCACAUCCCCCAGCUUGGGGUAGGUACUGCCAUG